AUGGACACAAAUUCUAAAGCCAAAGUGCAGAGUGAAAAUAAAAAGGUCAAGGCGAAGUUUAUACAUAAUCAUGGGCAAAAGCCCUCUCUUAUCCAAAUCACACCCCCAAUGAUAUCUAGCACUCUGUUCCACGCAUAUCCAUUAUUGCUACUAUUCGACAAUGCGCUAGCGAAUAUAAUGUGGCUAUCCGACGAUAAAUGUUUGACGUUCAUUUAUUUAACUAGCAUAUGGCUGACCAUAAGUUUUUUUAUCCCCAUUGAAAUAGAGGUGAGUUAUGUUCAGCCAUUUACUGAGAUUUUUAGACUCUGGUUAGGCAUUAUAAGCGGGGCAUUCCUUUUUUUAUCGUUCAUGUAUUACGUUGUUUCAUUAAUAACUUCAUUAAGAGACACCGAGCCUCCUACGUUGGAUGAGAUUGUGGUGCUAUUAGAGUCCGUGUUGGGCAAACUAGAGGUACUAAGAAACGAGCUAAACAUUUGGAAAAAACUGAAGUUUUCAUUUAAUGGCGUCAAUGAGAAGUGUUCCAACAAGAGGUUAUUUUGCAGAUUAUUCCUAUUGGGUACAAUUUUUCAAAUUAUUAUCAUGAGAUACAUAUCACCAGGAGCUUAUACUAGAUUUUUUAUUAUCGCUGGCUUGGUGUACCACACGACUAGUUUUCAGGCUACCUUAAGAUUACUUUGGAGAUUUACUCCUGUUAGAAAUUUCUAUUAUUUGGGGAUCAAAAGUUUCAAAAUUUCGAAUUUGUUACCAAAUCAUUUAAACAUGAAACAUAUCAUUAUUUUAUCUCAAGAGGGAGCGAUCACGGUGCCACUGGUAGAGGUGUUACCUAGAUUACUCCAAGGCAAGGAGGGUGAAGACCACAUCCACAUUCUACAGCUUUUGCUUAAUGAGAAAAAAGAUAACUUUGACAAUCAAGACCUAAAAAUAUUAGAAAUUGAAAUACACGAAAAUCAGAGAAGGUGGUAUCAAAGUAAAAAUUGGAGUACAAACUUGCUGCCCUAUGAAAGGCAAAAUUACUCCAUAGAAGUUAAGAAUACUGAAGGAACAUUAACCAUGAAAAGUUGUUUGCCAACCCAUAAGCUUGGUGAAGAAGAAUUACCCGAUAAUUGGCAUUGGAUUAAUGACGUCUGGGACGGAACUGAUUGGGUAUAUUCUGAUUCAGCAUGGAGAGAAAUUGGACAAUACAGUUCCUCAGAAAGUUUUACCAGGUCAAGGAAAUGGAAACGACGCCUCUUUCACCUGUAA